AGUUGGGGGAGUGAGGGCAAUUGGGAGUCAGUGGAGCCGGGUAAGGAUUGGUGUGAUGGGAGUACAGAGUUUUGUGCCCUUGAUAUGAGCUGCUCUUUCUUGUCCACCUCUCAGAAGUGAAAUACUUCAAGCCUGCAUUCAGGAUGGAAGCCAGGAAGAGGAAGCCAGCGAGGAAGAAACGCAAGGAGAGCAAAAAGGAGAUCUCACACAACCCGUCAGGAUCAGCUGAGGGUGGAGGUGACCGCACAAGAGACGUGAGUGAAGCCACGAGUUCAGCAAAUGAAGAGAGCGAUCUGGUCACCAGAGGAGGCGUCUCAGUCGGUGACCAGGAAGAUCUGACAUCAUCUAAGAGAGCAACCAAAGUGGAUGAUUCUGAGGCUCAUUGUAAUAUUGUGUUUACCUGUGCCGAGUUCCUUCAGAAACACAGCAGAAGACAUCCUGAGCUCCAUCAAGACACAUUAGCAACACAAUCAUCUUGUAACAUAAAUGCAUGUUCACAGCAGAAAGAGUGUCAGGGACCUAUCACAGACACUGUUGGAGAAAAGGGGUUCUCACAAACAGGAUCUCUGCAGGGUCGCCAGCGAUCAACCUCAGGAAAGAGACCGACCUCAGGAAAAAGACCGACCUCAGGAAAAAGACCACAUAAAUGUACUGAAUGUGAAAAGAGUUUCACAAGUUUAGGGAACCUGCAGUGUCACCAGCGAUUACACACAGGAGAGAGACCGUAUAAAUGUACUGAAUGUGGAAGGAGUUUCACACAGUGUGGGAACCUCAAUAGACACCUCCAAUUACACACAGGAGAGAAACCAUAUAAAUGCACUGAAUGUGGAAAGGGUUUCAGAAGGUCAGCGAAUCUCCAGAGUCACCAACGAUUACACACAGGAGAGAGACCGUAUAAAUGUGAUGAAUGUGGAAAGGAUUUCAUUGUGCCAAGGGACCUUAAGAGACACCAGCGAUCACACACAGUUGAGAGACCGUAUAAAUGUGCAGAAUGUGGAAAGAAUUUCACAAAGUCUAGGGAACUCAAUGUUCACCAGCGAUCACACACAGGAGAGAGACCGUAUAAAUGUGCUGAAUGUGGGAAAAGUUUCACCCGGUCAGGGCACCUCCAGGUUCACAAGCGAUUACACACAGGAGAGAGACCGUAUAAAUGUGCCGAAUGUGGAAAAAGUUUCACUACAUCAAGAGACCUCCAGAGACACCAACGAUCACACACAGGAGAGAAACCGUAUCAAUGUGCCGAGUGUGGAAAGAGGUUCAGGCAGUCGGGGCACCUCCAGAUACACCAUCGAUCACACACAGGAGAGAGACCGUAUAAAUGUACCGAAUGUGGAAAGAGUUUCACACAAUCACGGAAUCUUCAGACACACCAACAAUCACAUACAGGAGAGAGACCGUAUGAAUGUACCGAAUGUGGACGGAGUUUCACACGUUCAGGGCAUCUCCAGAGACACCAGCAAUCACACGCAGGGGAGAGAGCGUAUAAAUGUGUUGAAUGUGAAAAGAGUUUCACAUCAUUAAGAGAACUCGUGAUACACGAGCGUUCUCACACGGGAGAGCGACCGUAUCAAUGUGCUGAAUGUGGAAAGAGUUUUACGAGUUCAGGGUACCUCCAGGUUCACCAGCGAUUACACACACAAGACAAGCUGUAUAAAUGUACCGAAUGUGGAAAAAGUUUCACAACAUCAGUUUAUCUACUGAAUCACCAUCGAUCACACACAGGUGAGAGACCAUACAAAUGUGCUGAAUGUGGAAAGAGUUUCACCCAAUCAGGGCACCUGAAGAGACACCAGCGAUCGCACACAGGAGAGAGACCAUAUACAUGUGCUGAAUGUGGAAAGGAUUUCACACAGGCAGGACACCUCCAGAGACACCAGCUAUCACACUCAGGAGAGAGACCGUAUACAUGUGCUGAAUGUGGAAAAAGUUUCACAACAUCAGAUUAUCUCCUGUGUCACCAGCGAUUACACACAGGAGAAAAACCAUAUAAAUGUGCUGAAUGUGGAAAGAGAUUCAGUAAGUCAGGGAAUCUCCAGAUUCACCAACGAUCACACACAGGAGAGAGACCGUAUAAAUGUACUGAAUGUGAAAAGAGUUUCUCAAAGAAACGAUACCUCCAAAAUCACCAGCGAGUGCACACAGGAGACUAUGAAUGUGCUGAAUGUGGAAAGUGAUUUGCUCAUUCCAGCAGAAGAAAGAUCACAAAUGCUCUGAAAGAUUCCAUUAAUGUGGGUAAGUUUCCAGGAGCUGGUACUUUUCAAAGCCCACAUGAGAAGCUGCUUUGAGAUGGAAAGGAACUAACAGUAAUAUUUUGACAUGUACAGUACAUGUAUCCACUUGAUCUGACACCAGUGACUCAAAGUUAAGACACCAGUAUCACAGUUUGUCCCCUUCUUUCCUGAUCAUGUGCUGGGGUACCAUCAUCUCCUGCUGGACCUCACACACGUAGCUAUUGUGUUCAUGCUAGGCUAUAGCCAGGGUGGAUAGCAUAACAGAAUUCACGGUGAGAAAUGAGAGACUGUGAAGCAGAUAGACAGUGUCUCGGGAGCUUUACACUGCAUCUAAUCCGUGAUCUCACUGACCAGGGAGUGCUCGACAGACAGUGUGUGAGGGUCACCAGGAGCUAUGUGUGGCUAUAGCCCCCUGUGUGAGGGUCACCAGGAGCCGUGUGUGCCAGGCCACUGAGAAUACGGCAGGUUUGCACAUGCGGGGGCCCCAGAGGGGCUUAGUUCUUAGUACCGCAUCUGUGGGUCAGCAGGAGGUGAGAGGGGGCCCCGCGAGGCAUCACCAGGCAGCCUCGUACUGUAAUCACACUACACACAGUCACACACAC